GAUUGCACCAACUCUUGUUUUGUGAUUGGGGAUGAACAGGCAAACUCUCCCAAAGAUUUCAAUGAGUGUGUUAGUAGAGCUCAACUUCAAGCUGCCAUGGAGGAAUCCCAGAGAGGGAUGAAUGAUGCAAUCAAGAAGGCUGUCACCGAUGCACUAAUUGAUCUCAAGCUUGGUAGCAGCAUAGAGAGGUUGGAUAGGUGGAUAUCUACUUUAACCGAUAAGGUUACAGAGUUAGAAAACCGUCUACCAAAUGAGGAAGAUAUGGGAGGAAACAACUCGAAUGAAGAUGCUAUUUUUGAUGAGGAUGGAAACAUAGAUGCUGCAGCCACCCGAACAGCGAUGCUACGACAUCGUCUACGUGAGAACAGGAGAGGUAUGGGAGGUCAUCGACAUCAAGGUCAUGCCCAACAUGCUCCCGAUGAUCCUUAUGCUAAGGUAAAGUUCACAAUUCCACCUUUUUCAGGCCAUUAUGAUGCUGAGGGGUAUCUUGAUUGGGAGAUGACAGUAGAGCAGAAAUUUAGUGCCCACCUUGUUCCUGAAAGACAUAGAGUUCGACAAGCCUCUAGUGAGUUUAAGGAUUUUGCAAUCAUUUGGUGGAGUGGGUUAGCUGCAGAAAAUGCUUUACCAACCACAUGGGAACAACUUAAGAUAGCUAUGCGUGAUCGUUUUGUUCCCCCUUCCUACCAUAGAGACUUGCGUAAGAAAUUGAUGCGCCUAGAGCAAGGAGAGAAAUCUGUCCAAGAUUACUAUGGGGAGCUCCAAAAGGGCAUGAUGCAUUGUGGUGUUGUGGAGGGGCCUGAGGAUUCUAUUUGUCGUUUUUAUUCGGGUCUAAGGUGUGAGAUUCAGGACAUUGUUGAUUAUAAGGAAUUUAACACUAUCAACCAGUUGUUUCAGUUUGCUAUGCUUGCAGAGAAGGAAUUGUAG